AUUUGAUGCAAAAUUUGAGUACAUUAAAAAGUGAUUGCGAAUAUAAAUUAAAAUUAAAGCUGUGAACUAUUCCUUUUAUUUUCUGUUUAAAUGAUGAUUAAUUUAUUCAUCAUAUUCUCCAUCGGUGUCUUCCUUUUUUAUGAUGAUGCCAUUAUGUCCUGUCUUAGUUAGUUUAUUCUUACAUGCUCUAGGCAAAUCAAUGGAUUCAUCGUCACUAUCCAAUCUAGGUUUUUUAUUUGUUCUAGCUUUCGUGGAACGUGAUUGUCUUGUGCGCGAGCGUUUCUCAGUUGAUGAUGAUCUAGAUCGACGUGAUUUAUUAGUUUCUGAGAUACUAGUAAGAGUUUCAUCAACAAGCCAAUAUUUACCUCUACCUUUUUCAUCACUUCCUCGAGCCUGCUGAUGGAAACAGGCAUAUAGUGAUAGAUUAUGUCUGAUAGAGUUUUGCCAACCUUUUGAAUCCUUCUGCCAUUUGAAUGAUUUAUAUUUCUGUAUAAAAAUGUCGUAAAUUUGAUCAAGUAGGAGCUUUUGCUUUGGUGAUCUCUUUAUUGCAACUAUGAGUAAUUGAGCAUAAGUGCAAUUUGGUUUGUCACCAUCAGGGAAUUCACUUAAUACUAUUGCUGG